AUGUUGACCCACUCUCAUAACCGCAUUCGUGUAUCUUUCGAGUUGAAAAAGUCGAAAAACACGGACAUAUGUAAAGAAGUGUGCGGCAGUCCAGAGGGCUGUUCAAACGUUGCAUACCCCACCAUCGUAGUUAACCUACUUGCUCCAGGUGCGCGCGGUAUGAUGCUUGCGGUUAUGAUGUCAGCGCUGAUGUCAUCGUUGACGUCCAUAUUCAACAGCAGCAGCACCAUAUUUGCCAUGGACAUCUGGACCCAUAUCCGGAAGAAGGUGUCCGAACUGGAGCUGAUGAUUGUGGGAAGGGUGUUCGUGAUUGUCCUCGUCGAUAUAAGUAUCAUCUGGAUCCCGGUUCUGCGGUUGACUGGUACCGAGCUCUAUGUGUAUAUCCAGGAGGUUUCCAGUUUCCUACAGCCACCUAUAUGCUGUAUGUUCCUCCUGGCCAUAUUUUGGCCUCGCCUCAACGAGCAGGGCGCGUUCUGGGGCUUAGUGUUCGGUAUGUUGGUCGGCCUGGCACGCUUCGUGGGCGAGUACUCAUUCAAGGCGCCCGUGUGUGGGGAAGAGGACACCCGCCCCGGUAUCAUCAAGAACUUCCAUUAUCUAUACUUCUCAAUAUGUGUGUUCGUUGUUACCGGGAUGGUCGGCACUAUCGUUACUAUGGCCACCAAACCCAUCGAUCGCCGCUGUAUGAGAAUGGGGAUGUGCCAGAAAAUCCAGACGGUAACGAGGGGGUUGACGUGAUAGUGGAAGACUGGGAUCAUAGCACAAAACACGGGAUUACUUCCUGUUGUCGUCGGAUGUUCAACUGGACCUGUGGGCUGGAGAAUAUCGACAAGACCCAUAUAAACAAACGAAAGGUUUAGAGGGUGGAUAUGGUAGAUAUCGCUGAGAAGCCUCGAUGGAAACUGGUCUCCAACGUAGCAGCAGUCGUCUGUAUGAUCUGCAUGAUCACCGUCGCCAUCGUGUUUGCAUAAACACCGUCGCCAUCGUGUGUGCAUAAACACCGUCGCCAUCGUGUUCACCUUAAUACCGAACUACGUGGAAAUUGGUUACUAUAUAUUGUCGACAACCUACUAUGCGGCAUUAAUCGGGUAAUAGUAAAUGCAAGUGCAUGGAUAUUGAUGACUAGAUACUAAAGACACCGUAUUGCAUGGAUAUUUAUGACUACAUGUAGAUUGUAUUAAAAUCGUAAAACGUCGACAUGGAUGACUAUAUUGUAUACACAUCGUACUGCAUGGAUAUUAAUGGCUAGAUUGUAUAAACAACGCACUGCAUGAAUAUUGAUGACUAGAUUGUAUAAACAUCCUGCAACGUGAACACACGUAGGUUAUUUCUGUUAUUAUGCUUAGUUAACGUCAAUGAGCCUUUGUUUUACACUGUAUGCAAACGACUGGGUGGGGUAACGACGUAGCAAUACUACCAACUGACAAACCAUCUUAAAAUUGUGAUCCGAAUUCAACGGUCACUUGUGGACAACGGUCACUUUGGUCAUUUCCCUUGACUGACCGCUGUUCUCAGGUGUGUCUGUAGAUUGUAUUAAAAUCGUAAAACGUCGGAAUGGAUGACUAUAUUGUAUACACAUCGUACUGCAUGGAUAUUAAUGGCUAGAUUGUAUAAACAACGCACUGCAUGAAUAUUGAUGACUAGAUUGUAUAAACAUCCUGCAACGUGGACAUUUAUGAAUAGAUUGUAUAAACACCGAUCUGCGUGGACACUGGUAACCUCAUUGUAUAAACACCUUACUGCGUUGACAUGGAUGACGUGUUUGUAACAACACGAUACAACGUGAACAUGGCUUACUAGAUUGUAUCAAAAUUGUGCGACAUGGACAUGGUUGACUUGAUUGUAUCAACACCGUACGAUGUUUAUUAAAUCCGUAUAACGUGGAUAUUGACGAUUAGAUUAUAUAUUCAUCUUGCUGCAUGGAUAUUGAUGACUAUAUUGUAUAAACAUCGUGCUAUGUGGAAAUUGAUGACUAGAUUGUAUAAACACCGUACUGCAUUGAUAUUGAUGACUAGAUUGUAUAAACAUCGUGAUACGUGGACAUUGAUGACUAGAUUGUAUAAACACCGUACUGCGUGGAUAUUGACAUUUAGGUUGUUUAAACAACGUACUGCUUGUAUUUUGAUUACUAGAUUAUACACAAACCGUACUGCGUGGACAUGGAUGACAAGAUUGUAUAAACACCGUACUGCAUGGAUAUUGAUAACUAGAUUUUUUAAACAAUUUUAUAAACAUCGUUAGGGUGGAAAUCUGACUAGAUUGUAUAACCAUCGUACAGCGUAGACUACCUGGUCUUGUACUGACUAGAAUGAGCUAACACCGUAAUACGAGGACAUCGCUUGUUCAUAAACCAUUUCGGAUUCAAAACUAACUAUAGCACUGUGGAUGCUAUUUUUCUACUGAAGGCGUUUAUAGAUAAACAACUUAGUACUAAUCAAUGUACGGACAGUACUGGUGUGACGAUGCUUUUGAAGAGGAUUGAUAUAAAAGCAUCUAUUUAAGUUUAUCUACAUCACCACAAUUGUGUAUGUGGGUACGCAAAUUUUGGGUAGGAAAAAAAAUGGGUACAACAAUUUUGGGUACAAAAAUUAUGCCGAAAAAUGGGUAAGAAAAAAGAUUUGUUAACGAAAAAAAUUUGGGUAGGAAAAAACCAAUUGGGAACGAAAAAAAAUGUGGGUAUGAGCAAAAAUUUGGGUACGAAAAAUAAUUGGGUACGAAAAAUGUAGGGUACGAAAAAAACGGGGGUACGGGGAAGUAGUACCCGUGGGGAACUUGAUCCAUUCCGCGAAACUGGGAGCCGGGUUACAUUCUCGAUCAAAUAUAACAAGAAAUAUCUUUAAAAAGAUAUUCGACGUGUAUUUUCUGUACCACUUAUCUUAAAAAUACGUUCUGUUACAGUAAAGCGUGUGUGGGUUAUAAAAUUACGUUUCAGCAUAUAAAUUCAAAACUUGACAUGCUCUUUAAUUACACCAUGCUGUUUAAUUUCACAUGUAUAUCAUACCAAACUUUAUAUUUCGUUGUUUCCUUUCCUAAGUUAAUGAUGCUAUGUGUACGGACGUGAUUUCACAUGCCUAUGUGCAUGAACAUAUAAUCUUUCUCUUUGGAUUAUUGUUUUCUUUAAUUCAAUAAGCUAAGGCAUGAUUGUUCGUUAAGUACGGCAAUAAUUUAAUAAUGAUUCCCGAAAGUAGGUAUGAGCACAUAGUCGUAAGAGCACUUGAAUACGUGAGUUCGCCCAUGAACACAUGGUAAGUUUAACUAAAUCUCCGCGAUAUCCUAAUAUGUGUUUAAAACAGCAAACAAUAUUCAACAAACGAAUGAAUUAUCAAACAUAGUAUGUGCACUGAUGUGGCUCUGUAAUUUAUGUUUGAAAAGUUUAUUAACUAUGCAAAAUGAGAAAGCAAGCAUAAAAGCGUGUUUCACAAAUAUCUAAUGGUUAUUAUGCUGUUUAUAUACCAUAGUCGCUACAACGUUUACAACUCGCAUGACCCAGUUGACAAUGAUCAUGCAGUCUUUAUGAAUGAAAUCUCCAGUUGUAAAGACACAUCUCCGCAUUGGACCAAUGAAAUCACUCGUGUCUUUAAAAUGUCAGUUAGUUGAAAUGUAUGUAAACAAAGGUUUCAAACGGCGCUGGACAGUUAGUCUUGAUGCAUUAUGUAACGAAAAGAACGGUAAUAAUGUUUUUUCAUACGUUUUAUUGAAUUAUGGUAUCGAGGUACAUGACCUUUGUAGGGAAGAUGCCCUUUACUCCGUGAAGAUUUCAGUCUUAAAGACUGCAUGAUCAUUGUCAACUGGGUAAUGCGAGUUGUGUAUCGUGUUAUUUCUUAAAAGUUGACCCAGCAUUUGUACAAAUAUUGCAAGACAUAUACAUUUACAGAAAGAAAAUUCAUUUCUGCGUUGAAUAAGACCGAAAUCGUGAAAAUCGCUGCACAAUUGAUGAAGAUAUGGCUGUUCAAAGCGAUGCACCCGUUUUGGGGUGAUUUUGAGUUGCAUACCUUGUUAUAUAUAUAUAUUCGAUAGUGAUUUUUUUUCAUAAAAUUUAAUUUUCCGUUAUAAUAUGAUUAUUUAUCAUUCAAAUGAUGUUUUUACUAAUUAAUAUCACAGCCACACGCUAACCACCUGUGCCCAAAGCGAGGCUCAAAGGUAUUUUUGCAGUUUACUUCUGCCAGUACUUCUAUGCUUGCAUGCAUUGAAAAGAAUAGUUAAAACUAUAAUUAUAAUGGUACGCAC